CUUUUCCAAGUAGUCAAUUCCCUCUCAACAGCAUCAGCGAAGAGCCCGGAGGAGAUUGAGCGCGAGGAAUGGAAUCACUGCGGCCGGACCAGCGCAGAUGCCGUCGCUCGCGGCUGUCUCAUGGAGCCCAACUUCUACGGAUGGUUUCCCUCGCGAUGCGUCUUCUCUGAGCUCACUGACAAGUAUCCGGUCUUCGAGGACCGGAAGUGGUUUGUGGACGUGAACCUGACGCAAGAGAUUUCCGUCACGGACCUCUGGGAGGGGAAGCAUGCCAAGAUUUACACGAAGCGGGUGCAUGGUGAGCAUUGCCUAUACCAGUGGAGGAAACUUCGAUACGGAAUGGAAAAUCGGAAGGAAUUCCUCGACUCUAAGACGUUUAGCACCCAUCAUGCAAAGCACUGCGCUGACGAGCUGUCUGUGCGUUGUGAGGGUGCCGAGGAUAAGACGGAAGUGGAACUGGGGUUCUAUCGAUGCAAAAGAACAAUUUGGUAGCCAGUUACAGAGGGUAUCUACCUAAUAAGCACCUGGA